AAAAAUCCCUUAGGCCGAGCGGAGAACCGUCUUCCUUGCUCACAGGCUUUUGCUUUGCUUUGAGCCCUAGCUUUUGAAUCCUUUUCUCCGCCAACAUGAAGCUCGUCAGGUUUUUGAUGAAGCUCAACAACGAGACUGUGUCAAUUGAGCUCAAGAACGGUACCGUUGUUCAUGGCACCAUCACAGGAGUGGAUAUUAGUAUGAACACACAUUUGAAGACUGUGAAACUGACUCUGAAGGGGAAAAAUCCAGUGACUAUGGAUCACCUGAGUGUGAGGGGCAACAAUAUUCGCUAUUAUAUACUUCCCGACAGCAUAAAUCUGGAGACAUUGCUGGUGGAAGAGACGCCUAGGGUCAAGCCCAAGAAGCCAACUGCUGGACGGACUAUGGGGCGUGGUCGGGGCCGUGGGCGCGGACGUGGACGUGGUCGAGGCCGCUAGUUACCUUGUAGUUCAAAUUUUUUGUCACUUCUGGUUAUGGAAAAUCCUUUCUUGUAGAGAAUUCAUUUUAGGAGGGAAAGGAGCAGAUUGCUAAUGAUAUUUGUACUUUACAAUUAACUUGAAGUCUUUGCUCUGUUACUUGGAGGCUUUAAAUGGGAAAAAGUCAUCUUUUUGGGUUCCUUGGAAUUUAAAAGGAAAUCAAUGUGAAUUUUUAUGAUGA